AUGACGGACUCAAUCGCGACUACUGCUGACUACUCAAAGUUCACCGUCCCUCAGCUUAAAGCACGGUGCAAGGAACUAAAGUUGACUGGAUACUCCAAGCUCGGAAAAGCUACUCUAUUAGAGAAACACUCUCAGUAUGGGAACACACCGAGUACAGCAGGGACACUUAUUGCCAUUUAUACUCAGCAUACAAGCAUCUCGUUACCUGCGUCUAAUGACGGAACUAGUUCCUUUAUUCACUGCCAAGUCUCUCUUCCAUCCGUGGUGACUCCAGCAGCCAUAAAUAAUCCAGAUCCCAUCUCGACAGCAUCUCAUACAGACUUUUUGACGAUUCUACGAACGAAGACAUCAGCUGCAUCUCUUCGGAAGAAACAAAAAUUGGGAAAUAAGGCAGUAACGAACUUGCCAAAGCAUAUGGCUUCGUCUGCUGCUCACCCUCCUUACGUUCCACAGGAAAAAUUUGGUUUCGCAGACUCCGCCGCCUGA